GAGAAACCUAUCUCUCUCCCUACUCUCUCUCAAAUCUCGAUUCUCUCCUUCCUUUCUCGACAAACCCGAAAUCGCCUCCCUCCCUCACCUCUCUUGUUCUGCCCUCUCCCUCAAUCGCCAUUCCCUCUGCAUCUCUGUUGACGGCGACGGGAACAGUGGUGGAACUCGCCGACAUCCUCUCUGUCUCUCUCUCUCUCUCUCUCUCACUCUCUCUUGAUAUUUCUCCUCCAAUCUGAAAGAAGAAAGCGAACUAACAAACCAAGAACAAAUCGUUCCCUCUCUCUGCUCUUUCUCAUUCUCCCUCGUCUUACCCAGAAAAUGAGCCGAAGCAAAGCUUCUCCGAUGCUCUCAUCUUUCAUAGACGAAACCGGGCUCGGGACGCCGGCGAUGGCCUCCGCCGCGAUGAAGGUAAAAGAAGCAGGGAGGAGACCGCCGCUACCGCCGGAGCGUGUGUCGCCGUCGAGGAAGGAGAAGGAGGUCGACUCGGCGUUAGGGUUGGAGAGGAGAGGGGUUGUUUUGGUCUUUCGGGUGGGUUGUAGCGGGGUCGUUUUGGGGCUGGGGGAAGGGGUCGUUUCGGGUAGGGCUUCGGGGUCGUUUUGAGUCUGGUGGGGGGUAGUCGGUUAGCCGGUUAACCGCCGGUUACUGACCGCGGUUAAUCGGCUAUCCGAGCUUCUCCCCCUCUCCCCCGGCAACCGACCGAUGCCAAUACAGAGCGAUUUUUGGUUAGCCGAAAACUGGUCGGUUCGGUCGUAACCGACCGGUUAACUGCUAACCAAAAACCGUUCUGCCAGCCCUAGUAAAACUAUACUUGUUAAAUAAGGUCACAUAUGUGCUUAAACAUCAAAAUAAAGCUUGCAAAAAACUUCACUCAAAAUAUUUAGAGACUCUCUAGUUGAAUUAGGAG